GCAGAUUGUCCAACAUUAUUUGCUUGUGUUAAUUCUGAAUGCAUCAAUCCGUGCAAAAACGCAUGUGGCUUGCGCGCUCGUUGUCGAGUAGUCAAUCAUAACCCAAUUUGCUUUUGUCCAAAUGACAUGACUGGCAAUCCACUAACAAUAUGCAACAAGAUAUCAAAUUCUCCUAAAAUUCCUCAUAAACCAAAUUCGCUUUGCAUGCCAAAUGUUUGUGGGCCAUAUAGCAAUUGCUCAAUAAUCAAAAAUCGCGUUGUAUGUUUAUGCCAGUAUGGCUAUACUGGGACACCACCCAACUGCAAACCAGAUUGCAUAAUUAGCUCGGAAUGUGCACUAAAUAAAGCAUGUGUUAAUCAACGGUGCAUAGAUCCUUGUUCAGGUUUAUGUGCACCCAAUUCCUAUUGCCAAGUAAUUAAUCAUAAAGCUAUAUGUGUCUGUAAACCGGGUUUUAGUGGCGACCCUAUGAAACGGUGUCUCAAAACAGAAAAAUGCCCAGAUGAUAACACUAAUCCAUGUGAUAAGAACCCGUGUGGACCUUAUUCGGUCUGCCGUUCUUAUGAUAAACAACCCGUGUGUUCCUGUCAAGCUGGGUACAUGGGUUUACCACCAAAUUGUCGACCGGAAUGUACUUUAAAUGCUGAUUGUAGUCGCUCAAAGGUGUGUGUUAAUAACCAUUGUACUAACCCAUGUCCUGGUAGCUGUGCACCUCAAGCAUUAUGCAGUGUGGUCAAUCACAGACCUUUAUGCAUGUGCCCGGACGGAUUUACUGGAGAUCCUUUUAAAAUAUGCUCAUUACCAUGUAAGACUCAAAUCCACAAUUUAAUUAUCUUAGACUUCUUAAGUAUAUCGCGUUAGUGUAUUUUAAUGUAGUAUAACAAAUUCAACGUUUAAUAAAACAUAAAUUGGACACUACUUUUUAUACAGGUAAGUUUAUGCAUGUUUCAUAGUUUAUGUAUUAUUUGCUUCGGUAAUUGGGUUAUCAGAUGGAGCUUUUAUGAAUGUAUUUGCGUGUUGUAUUGCAUUAGAAUGUAGAGUAUUUGAAAUCGUU